AAGUGAGUGACAUUCCUGAUCCGUAACCUACCUAUUCAAUCCAAAGGCCUGACAUAUCUUUUUGUGUAUGAGCAGCUGCAUCACUCUGUUUGCUUUCCAAAUUAUCGAGGUGUUACCCGCUGCCUCAUAUACAUCAAGUCUGAGACCUUAUCAAGAUUCCUCUCGGACCAAAGACCGAGUCUGUUGUCUGUGUCUGUCCACAUUCGUGUAUAAUCCUGUAUACUCCGGGGGUCUCUGUGACACUCGCCCCCUUCCGACACACAGUGAUCACAGCUGAAGUGGAAAAUGUUGGGCUGAGUCAUCACGGAGGGUGACUGGGUGAACAAUCUGAGAAUCAAGGGAUUUCCAGUCCAAUUACCUUUAACCCCAUCUGAGAGUGGCUUCCAGCUCACAGGGAUUUAGACACGGGGCACUCGGUGUCGCAUGUCAGCGCACGCUGAUUGUAGAGUGACAACACGGAUCAGAAAUAGCAGCAGAGCAUUUAUAAAAGCCGCCGUCUGACCCGGGCCAAGGCAGACGACACAAAGAGAGGCAGUGGGAGCCAGGAGAUACAGCCAGCUGAAGCAUCCCUGUUGUCAGACACGAGGCCAGAGCUUGGGACUGAUCAACAACGACCUACUGGGAAAGGUACAUCUGAGACAGAGAAGAUGCCGAUCACUUCCAUCCUGGAGAAGCGUAAUGGUGUGGUGGUGGCAGCCGAGCUGACCUGCAGCGUACGGGAGGAUAACAAGGCUCAGAGGGAGACCUACAGCGCUGACUGGAACAGCAUCAGUCAAAAAACUCAACCUCAGGAAAGGCAGACGAUGGACAUGAAUGACAGAUCUCGCAGGGAGACUCUGUCCCGGCAGUGGCAGGCCCGUUCCCUGACACAGAUUUGCCCCUCGGGUGUCUUCCGGGUGGGCACCGUGGAAAUAGGGGUGAGGGAGCACCAGCUGCUGCCCAAGAGAAAAACCCUCCCCUUGCCCAUUUUCACCCCGGCAGAGCUGGGAGUCCGGCUCGGACGCGGAGCCCCACACACAGAGGAGGACCUGCAGCCCCUCCCCAAACCAGACGGAUUCUGUCCCGGCAAGAGGACUGUGGACGAAAUCACAAGAGAUCUGCCCCCAGUCAAGCCGAGCCUCAUGGAGUUCUCCAAAUUGCCCAAAGCCCUGGGUCGCUCCAUGUCCGUGGAGACUCAGAGAGGGUGAAGAGACCACAGGGGACAAAACAGAGAAAGAGAUGAUGAUAGGGAGAAGUGUGACAAAUGGAGGAGGAUAGUCUUUGGGCAGAGCGAGUCAGGAAGGACUAGAUGUAUAUAGAUUUAUCUCUAGUGACAUUCAUCAUAAAACCUUCAUACUGUAGAUUUUGGUUGAGCUGAGUCUGUGUCUCUUGGUGAGCACAGCAUCAGAUAAAUGUCACGCUUUGUCAAUGAUGUAAUUUGGUGGUGAGCGGUAUUAGGAAUGGUUGUGUGAAGGUAUUGGCUUUGUGAGGGAGAGUCCGGGUGUGUGUUCUCAGCUGUGCCAUGGGCUAUUGUGUGCCCGUGCUGGCCGGCUGGGCACACACACUGACCUCUCACUGGAUUCACCGUGGCCCGACCUUUAAUCAUGCUGCAUGCACUUCCUUUAGUAUUGAAACGUGCAUAUAUCCUGACAAGGUAAAUGAAAGUGCUCUAGUGGUCACCUGACUGAUGGGUUAUUCCCGUAAUAGGAGGUGAAGUCACGCAAUGAAGAAAGUGACAGAGGCAAAAGGCAGAGGAAGGUAAUAAACUGUAAAAAGAGGGAUGGAAGAAAAGGAAGAGAGAAUCGGAGGGACGAGGGCUCGGAGAGGAUGCCACCGUCAGGCCUCCGGAAGCUCUCGACAGUCACUGAGAGAUCACACACUGUGGCUGUACGUACGUGUGUGAGUGUGUGAGACACCUCUAAUGAAGAGGACGCACAUUACAAAUAACCUGCUCCUCACUGUGUAGUAACACCUGUAUUAAUAUCUGCUUUGUUAGCUGAGUGGCAGCUCUUUCGUAUCCAAUAGGAACAGACACUGUAGUGAAUGAAUUUGAAAUGUGUGCGAUGAUGUUGAAUUGUUUGUCCUAGUUUUUUGUUAUUUUUUACAAAUAAAAGUUA